AUGUUCUCCUUCUUCUACACCGCGCUCGCGGGGCUGCUGCUCCUGCCGCUGCUGCUGAACCUCGCCUGCCCCUACUUCUUCCGCGACCUGCGCUUCUUCCUCAAGAUGGCCCGGGCGGCGCGGCUGGCGCGCAACAACGCGGCGCGGAGCCCGCCGCGCACCAUCCUGGAGGUGUUCAGGCAGCGGGCGCGCCUGGCGCCGCGCAAGCCCCUGCUGCUGUUCAGGGAGGAGGCGCACACCUACGAGCAGGUGGACAAGCGGAGCAGCCAGGUGGCCCGGGCGCUGCGCGAGCACGCCGGGCUGCAGCAAGGGGACUGCCUGGCCCUCUUGCUGGGCAACGAGCCUGCCUACAUCUGGAUCUGGCUGGGCUUGGCCAAGCUGGGCUGCGCCAUGGCCUGCCUCAACUACAACAUCAGGGCCAAGUCCUUGCUGCACUGCUUUCAGUGCAGCGGAGCCAAGGUGCUGCUGGCAGCCCCAGAAUUGAAAGCAGCUGUUGAAGAAAUAUUGCCAGCCCUGAAAAAAGAAAACGUAAGAGUCUUCUACCUAAGCAGGACAUCCGAUACAGAAGGGGUUGACAGUUUCAUUGACAAAAUGGAAGUGGUUUCAGAUGAGCCUACUCCACACUCUUGGAGAUCAAAUGUCACUUCUAAAACUCCUGCCAUGUAUAUUUAUACCUCUGGGACUACAGGUCUUCCAAAGGCUGCAGUGAUUACCCACGAACGCAUGCUGUUAGCUUGUGGUUUGUUCAGUACAAGUGGCGUGACCUCUGAGGACAUUGUGUAUAAUGCCCUGCCACUGUAUCACAGUGCUGCCCUCCUGAUUGGAGUUCAUGGAUGCAUCAUGCAAGGUGCAACCUUAGCUCUACGCGCCAAAUUUUCAGCCAGCCAGUUUUGGGUUGACUGCAGGAAAUACAACGUAACAGUCAUCCAGUAUAUUGGGGAGGUGCUUCGGUAUUUAUGCAACGUGCCAAAGAAAGACAGCGAUGGUGAUCACAGAGUAAGGAUUGCCAUAGGCAAUGGGUUAAGGGCUGAUGUUUGGAGGGAAUUCGUCAGAAGAUUUGGAGACAUCCGUAUAUUUGAGUUCUAUGCUGCAACCGAGGGAAACGUUGGGUUUAUUAACUACAGUGGAAAAGUCGGUGCCGUGGGGAGAGUAAACUACUUCCAUAAGAAAAUUAUACGCUAUGAGCUGAUUAGAUACGACGUAGAGAAAGAUGAACCAGUCCGAGACGAAAAUGGAUAUUGCAUAAGAGUUCCUAAAGGUGAAGCGGGGCUGUUGAUCUGCAAAAUCACACCAUUUUCUCCUUUUAGUGGCUAUGCAGGAGCAAAAAGCCAGACAGAGAAGAAAAAACUAACAAACGUCUUCCAGAAAGGGGAUUUAUAUUUUAAUAGUGGUGACCUUUUAAUGGUUGACCAGGACAAUUUCAUCUACUUUCAUGACCGAGUCGGAGACACAUUCCGAUGGAAAGGGGAAAAUGUGGCUACUACUGAAGUUGCAGAUAUUUUAGGAUUGAUCGACUUUGUCCAAGAAGUUAAUGUGUAUGGAGUGCCUGUGCCAGGUCACGAAGGCAGAAUAGGAAUGGCAUCCAUUCGACUAAAGGAGGGCUGUGAAUUUAAUGGGGAGCAGACAUACAGACAUGUUGUGGACUUCCUACCGAAUUAUGCAAGACCUCGCUUUGUAAGGAUUCAGGAUGCUAUUGAGAUCACAGCAACUUUUAAACACCGUAAAGUCCAAUUAGUGGAGGAGGGCUUCAACCCAGCAGUCCUCAGGGAUGGCCUGUAUUUCCUGGAUGACAAAGAAAAGAUGUAUGUGCCGAUGACGCAGGACAUUUAUAACGCUAUAAAUAACAGUAGCCUAAAACUAUGA